CGUGCGCUGCGUAAGAGAGUGUGCGCGCGUGUGUGUGCGACCGUGUGCGAGAAUUAUGGCUUCGGGCUGGUGAGCAUCUUUGGUGGAACUUUUCACCCCGAAAACCGAUCAAAAACGGUCCGAAAACAUUGACAACGUGCAGUGCAAGGUAAAUGCGACCAAAAGUGCAUAUUUUUCAUCCGUUGUGCGUGUGCGGUGGGCGGAAAAGAGUGACCCAAAAAUUGAUCAUAAAUCGUGCAAGUUUGUGAACAAACGUGAAUAUUAUAGGCAGUGCAAAAUCGGUGUGGGGCGCCCAACAGUUGUUGUUGUAGAAUUUUGAAAUCUGUGCCGGUUGACUGUAGAAGGUAGAAGAACCGAAGCUGUGUUUUCAAUUGAUGGUGGCUUAUGGAACGUAAAUAAGUGGUACGCCACAAUACUGGUGCCGCGUGUCUGGAAUGUAAAAUUGGACGGAAUUCAUAAAAAGCUGUUUAUUAGACGAAACACAGUUUCUUCCAAUCGGAGGAAGUAUCCUUCGGAAGGAAACUUACAGCUAUUCACCGAGAAGCUGGGUUACAAAAAGAGUGUUGCUUUCUUAUUCUAGUGUUACUUGCUCUAGUGCUUUGUAACAUACAGUGGAACAGUUGAGCUGCGUGAGAAGCGAUUUGAAGUAACCCUUCGUUAGCUCAGUUUAACGCUAGACACUGCGGGCGUUGUGUUUUACAUAUGUUGUUGGCAGACAAAUAUCACUAACAUAAAGCAACGGGAACCAUAAAAUACAAGUGUUUGAGCAAUGAGUGCCCCUGAAGACACCACUGCAACCGCACAACUUGCUUCCGAUAACCAUCACCAGCAGAAUGUUGUGUCACCGUCAGCAGCCUCUUCAUCCUCCUCCACAUCCUCGUCUGUACCGGCAGUAGUAGCAGCAGGUGCAGUUACAGCAUCAGCAACAGCAGCAGCCCCCGCCGCCGCAUCAUCACCACUCCCAACACCAACAAAUGCCGGAUCGUCCACAGUUACCACGCUGAGUGCAGCGAUAACAGGGCCGGCAGCCACAUCAGCAGCAGAUUCAGCUGCCGGAAGCGGUAGUGCUGUUGUGCCAGCCACUGUUCCCGCCAAUAACGGAAGCAAUAACAGUCACGUCAAAGAAGGUGCUGCGGUUGCCAGUAACAGCGCUACACCGGACGAAAACAACGGGAGCAGUGCUCCUGCCGAUGCUGCAGAUGUGGCAAACAGCUGCGAUUCCGAUAAGGGACCAGCGACGACAGCGGCCACCACGUCCAGCCCGCCCCGACCCAAUCAAGGAAUAUCUCCUGGUGUCGGUGUCACGUCGGAUAGUCUGGCUUCGAUAGAAGCGGGCUCAACCGGUGGCACUUCAACACCGAUCGCGGGAGCAUCCCCAGCAUCUGUGUCAGGAGGAGAGAUCACUGUAACGACGUUAUGUGGUGUUUCAUCGUUGGCUGGUAACAUUAAUGUCGGCUCAGCGGUUACAAAUGGAGCAGGUGGUGGUGGUGCAAGUAAUUCAAGCGUACCUGUAUCAGUAGGUACCACGAUCUCGGUUCGUGGGCGCGGCGAUAUAACCGACAAAAACUCGCUGGAAUACCACUGCCGGAUGCUGGAAGAUGAGCUACAGUCCACGAAGGAAUCCGAAGCAAAGAUCAAACAACAGUACAGCGAGUCUCAGCGUCGGGAGCGCAUCCUUGCACGCCGCGUUGCGGUUCAGGAGCAGGAAAUGCGUGACUAUGCGAAACAAAUAGCGGAACUUAAGUCUGCCCAGGCACCGGGUCCGGCGGCAUUGCGUUCGGCGUUGCUGGAUCCUGCGGUUAAUAUACUCUUUCAGAAGCUUAAGGCGGAACUACAGGCGACCAAGGCGAAGCUGGAGGAAACACAGAACGAGCUGUCGGCGUGGAAAUUCACGCCCGACUCGAACACCGGCAAACGGCUGAUGGCCAAAUGUCGAUUGCUCUACCAGGAGAAUGAAGAGUUGGGUAAAAUGACUUCAAACGGUCGACUGGCGAAGCUUGAGAGUGAGUUGGCACUGCAGAAGAGCUAUAAUGAGGAGGUGAAAAAAUCACAACUUGAGUUGGAUGACUUUCUGCAAGAACUGGAUGAAGAUGUCGAGGGCAUGCAGGGUACGAUCGUGUUUCUACAACAGGAACUGAAACAGACGAAGGAUUCGCGGGACGAAAUGGAAAGGGAGCUCGUACAGCUACGCGCCUACAUUGCCGCUAACCUGGGUCCCUUCUCCGGCAGCGCUAAUAACCCAACCAGCGGUAGCACACCCACGGACGAGCGCAGUUCCUCGAUGAUGCUGAUGAUGGAUGCGCAGGACAGCAGCAGUAACAGCAACAGCCAUGGCCACGAUGCCUACCAUCAUCCGGACGGUGGCGGUCCGGACAGCAUUGGUGGUGGUGGCGGCGGCGGCAGCAGCAGAGUUGGUGAUAUGGGUGGUGGUGUUACCCCGAUCUAUCUAGUGAACGGUGGUGGCAGUGGCAGUGGCAGUGGUGGUAGCGGCAACUCCGACGCUGAAAGCAGACUGGUGAAUAAAAGUUCAAGUAGUGGUGAUGAUCACGAUAUGAUGGUGUACAGCAAUCGGACGCACUGUGGUGGCGUAGUUACGAAUAGCAAUGAGUUACGAACUACACCGACAACUGGUAGCGGCGGAUUGUCUGUCGCCGACAGCACCAACAGUCCCAGCACUGCUGCUGCUGCAGCAGUGAAUGGUGGUUCGUCUGCAGCAGUCGGCAGCAGCAGCGGUGGUGACCCGUUAGUUAAUGAACUGAAAGAUCCGCUGUUGCCUCGUGUUGCUAGUAGUGAUGGCAACGGCCGAUCUAGUAGCGGUAAUGCGGAUAGCAAAAGUGGAGGUUGCGUUGCCGAUGUCGACAACAGUGUGAAUAGUACUAACAGUAGCCACAGCAACAGCAAUGCUGCGCUGAAACCACAUCCGCCGCAACAGAGACCGAGCAACAACGUUGGUCGGAAUGGUGGACGAACAACAGUGGCCGCUAGGAAGCGCAAUUACGAUGAAACCGAGGUUGAUUCGGCAGGGCUGCUGCAAACCGACGGUAGUGAUGUUGUCAGUAGUGGUGCCGCUUACGGAAGCGACAGUGGUGUUGACGGUGGUGUGCUAGUGAAGGACGUUGGUGGUGUUAGUGCGACCGAAAGUAGUGCUAGUAGUGCUGGUGGUUUGGCAAACGGCAAGCUAACGCUGAACGUCGCCGACGGUUCUCACCUGGCGGAACAGCAACAACCGGACGUCGAACCGAACAUCAACAAGCGCAUGACACGAUCGGGUAAGGGUAAAGCGACCAUCGCCCCAGCAACUGCAUCCGUUUUGUCCAGUUCCACCUCCACCUCCUCCCCAUCCUCCUCUUCAUCAUCCGUCUCCGCUUCGAACGUGUUAAUGACAAGUGCGGCAAAAAAGCUCCGAAGAGGUUCCAUCGCUCCGGAUGACGAAGUUGAUCCGUUGAGUGAUGCGCAUCCUGCGCCACAGCAGCAGCAGCAGCAGCAGCAACAGCAGCAGACACAGCAACCACAGCAACAAACGAUAUCGUCGGCUAACGGUUCGAAUUAGGCUCGAAAGUGUGUUUGUGUGUUUUUUGUUUUCGUGUUACACGCGAGAGACAGAUGUCCAUUGCUAGUGCGGGGUACGGUUCUGAAGUGAAAAGCAAGCGCAGCUCCUUGUGAAAAAAAAAACCGAGGUUUGUAUAAAAUGUUUGCACAUUGGGCUGCGGAAUGAAUGUGGCGGUGUCUGGGCCUAGAGGCUCGUAUACAAUUUAUAUCAAUUGUUGUAAGGAGGUACAUGCAAAGUAGACAGAAACAGAGAACCCUGUUGCAUCCAUUAAGCACUACGAAAUCGGAAUCGCAGCCACUCAUUACAAAGCCGCGAAAUAAUUGCUCCUGCUGAAAUAUAUUAGCAAGAGCAAUUGACGAUCAAUUCGCUCCGAGGAAGCUAGCAGUAGGACUGUGUAUCGAGGGCCGGCGGGAGCACAUAGUAGCAAGUAAAGUACAUUUAAAACGUAAACAAACCGACAAAGUAAUGCCGGAAAAUAGAGAGACAAAUAGGCGGAUAGAGUGAGAGAGAGUAUUGAGAAAAUACAAACAAUAUUGUAGGGCAAAGUGGAAAACACAAAAUACAAAACGAGAAAACAAGACAAAAAUGCUGCUGAAUAAAGAAAUUAACUAAGUAACAUAAGCUGUAA